AUGGAAGUAUCGUUGCAAAUUAGUAGUAUUAGUACUCAGUUUGGGAAAAAGAUCCAAUUAUUCAAUCAGAAUGGAAACUGUAAAGAGAAGAUUCUUCAGCACAGAUCUAUGAUCUCCUGUCAAGCUGCUAGAACCAUGCAAAAUGGAAGAGCAGCCAACUUUUAUGAGGUACUUUCUCUUGAUUGCUCCAAGUUUGUAGGUCCUGACGAAAUCAAGAAAGCAUACAGAUGCAAAGCUCUUAAGUUCCAUCCUGAUGCUUGCCCUCCAUCCGCAAAAGAAGAGUCAACAAAGCGAUUUCUUGAGCUGAGAAUGGCAUAUGAGACAUUAUCUGAUCCCAUUUCGCAACAAAUGUACGAUCAUGAGCUCAGUUUGGUUGAUGUGGAGGGAAGAACAAGACAUGGGAUGAGAUUUUCCAUGGGAAAUAAGGUUUGGGAGAGACAAAUCACUGAACUGAAUAAGCUAUUAAGGCAAAAAAUGGAGAAGAGAAAGAUAAUGGGAAUGUGA